CUGGGAGACAUGGGGAAGGGAACAUGGCCUCCCUGAGCCUGUCUUUGACCCUGCAGGAGGUGAUAUCUGUGAGGGCCACCCUGCAGAUGGACCCCCAGGGAGCUCAGGAGAGACAGCAGCAGCAGGGUGUCGUCCCCUUCCUGGGCAUGUUCCUCUAUCACCUAAAGCUGCUGGACAUUGGGAUGGAGGAUGAUCUGGAAAAAUUCACACUCAUCCGGAGGAUCCAGCUGCUCCAGCAGGCUGCAAAUCAGUAUGACCUGGAGCCCGACAAGCGAUUUGGGGCCUGGUUCCAGGCCAUGGAGCCCAUCAGUGUCCAUGAGAGCUACUGGGUCUCCUGCCAGCUGGAGCCCGCACACCAGAAGGCGAGCAAAAUGCGGCUCUUCAGGAGAAAGAGGAACCGGACAUCCUCCAGUUCAGGGCCAACCACCAUGCCCUUGGCGAUGAGCCAUCACACUCUGGAGACCACAAGUGCAGCUCCUCCUGACCAGCAGGGACACUGGCGCCCUCGGGGUGCACCGGGCCAGGUCUUCCCACCCUGAGUGAAUGAGGACAUCCUAAGACUUUCCCUGGUUUCCCCUAAAUCCCCAGAGGGAGGGCACCACCCCUUCCCUCUCCCUGACAUCACCACGCCAGCCACUGUUAACCCAUUGGGGAGGAGUGAUAUUAUUUCUUUAAUAGUAAAUGGUAGAUUUGA